AUGGCCCUCCCACUGUCUCUGCUCACCGUCCUGGUGGUGUUCAGCUGUGGCCUCAGUGGAGCUCUGGACUGUGUCCUACCUCAGAACCACAUCCUGCUCAGCAGGGACAACUUGAUGCUUUUGAGGCAAAUGCAGAGAAUCUCCACUUUGUCCUGUCUGAAGGACACAAAAGACUUCAGGUUCCCUCGGGCAAUGGUAAACAGCAGCCAGGUCCAGGAGGCCCAGGCCAUCUCUGUCCUCCACGGGAUGCUCCAGGACAUCUCCGACCUCUUGCUCACAGAGCACGCCUCUGCUGCCUGGAACACCACCCUCCUGAACCAGCUGCGCAUGGGACUCUAUCAGCAACUGGAAGACCUGGAGCCCUGUUUGCUGCAGGAGAUGGGAGAGGGAGGAACUGCCCUGGCAUCCCAGGGACCUACACUGGCUGUGAGGAGGUACUUCUGGGGCAUUUUUCUCUACUUGAAAGAGAAGCAGUACAGUGACUGUGCCUGGGAGGUUGUCCGAGUGGAAAUCAUGAGAUCCUUGUCUUCAGUAAUAACCUUGCAAGAAAGGUUAAGUAACAUGGACUGA